AUUAAUUUCUUCAGUAAUUAAGUGCUUUAGAUGGCAUUUAUUAAAAGUUUACAAGUGUCUUAUGAAAGUUUGACAUAAGGAAUGAAAAUUAGUAUAGAAUAUAUUUAGGAACUAUUAAAUGAUCAGAAGGAAAGAAAACCUGAAGAUCAGAUUCUUCAUGUAGGCCCUUUUUGCUUCAAGAGUAUAUAUUGUGAGGCAAAUUCACAGCUAGGCAAAAUUCUGGAGAAGGGACUACCGCUCAAGUACUAUUUGAGGGGAAGGACCACAGCUUAAUGGUAGAGACAGAUUAAGUCCCAAGCAUUUCAAAUUAAAAGGAACAAUACCACAAACAUUUAUAAUAGCCUUUGGAAUAUGCCAUUAUUUUAGGGCAGUAUUGAGGCUAAUAAUGUAGUUUCCAUUACUGUUGUUAAUAUGUUCCUGGGACUGCAUGUUGCUUGACUUGCAGAUUUUCAUGUAUAUAGGUGUUAUAUAGCAACAAGCACCACUGUUGCCAUUCUCAUGGAACAUUUAUUUUCAGAAUAUGUACUAAAUAAUGUUUCUAAACAUAUUAGCAUAGUCAAAGUAAAGAGAGAGAUCUCUUUAUUAGUAAUCUCUGGGGUCAAUGCAAGGGAGUAAAAAGUAUACAAAGUUAUUAUUUAAACAUUGAAAUCUGAGAUGCUGAAAAUUCUCUAAGUGAUUUGGACUCUGAUUUUCACACAGAUCAUCUGAAAGAAGAGAUAACCCAGCGGCACAUGCAAAAGGCCGCACAAGCUGUAGUCAGUCCUCGAGAAAUGAAUCAACCUGAUCCAGUAGAAGAGGCACUUCGAACACAAAUUGAACAGAAGAAAAUAAGUUAUAAAACAAUGUUUACUCACUUGAAAGGGCUGAAGAUAGAGAUUGAACACUUGCAGCUCCUUAUGGAAAAAGGAAAGCUGAAGUUGCAAAAAGACUUUGAAGUUUGGUGGUCUGAGGAAACAAGAAGCUUGCAGAGCCAAGAAGAAAAGCCAUUUUUGCAGAAUUCAGCCAGUGUCUUAAAGACUCCUUCCUCAUUUUUUGAAAAUCAGCUACAUCCUUGUACUAUCAGCUAUGUUCUCAAUGUGACAAGCGAAGAAUUUGUAACGGAGCUCUUGACAUUGUGA